AUGAGCUACGGACCGCCCAGCCAGAUGAGCUAUCAACAUUAUCCACCCCAUCCCGGGCACCCUCCCUCGCAUAUCAGCCCUCCCUACACCUCACCGUAUGGACCUCAAAGUAUCGUUCCUUCUCAAUUUGGCGCUCCCUCAUAUUUUCCACCACAACCACAGCCACCUUACAGCCAGCCGUACCCACAGCCGCAACAAUACCCGCCACACUAUAUGCAAUAUCCGCCGCACAUGCCGAUGCAGAUGCCUCCAUACGUUGACCCGUUACAAGCGUUCCGGGUUCAGUCACCCGCGCAAUCCAGUAUGGCAACAGCAUCGGACACGGCGAAAGACAAGUACGAUCAAGAGGAGUUGAUGAAGCGCUUUGAGGCUCUUAUGAAACAGCAGACUGAGGAAAAGAAGGAGGCUGAAGUCAGCAAGGAAGACGCCUUGAAGCAAGCGAUGGACCAGAUGAAGGCCGAAAGCGCAGCGGCGGCAGCAGCGGCAGCAGCAAGAUCGGCCGAGGAGAGUCGAAUGAAAGAGGAAGCGCGGCAAGAAGUCUUACGUGCCAUUGAAGAGGAGAGAGCGCGAGCCGCGGCGCAGACAGCACGAGAAGAGCAGAUUCGCAGGGACGCGGCGGAAGCGGCAUUGAAGAAAGCUGAGGCUGAGGCCAAGGCUCAGUCAGAGCGGGCAGCGGCCGAGAAGAAGAUCGCUGAUGAUGCAGCGGCGGCGGCCAAGACUGCAGCGGAAAAGGAAGCCGCGGAGGCUGCAGCGGCGAAAGAGGCCGAGGCCAAGAAGGCCAAAGAAGAGGCUGACGCCAAACUGAGGGAGGCGGAAGAGGCUGCGGCCAAAGCAAAGGCGGAUGCCGAAGCGGCGGAGAAGAAAGCCGCGGAAAAUGCACCGCCGGAGAAGAAGGCCCCGGUACGGUUCAAGGAUGCCAUUGGCAGAAGCUACAAUUUCCCUUUCGAGCGGUGUCACAAGUGGAGGGACAUGGAAGGCUUGAUCAACCAGGCCUUCGCGCAUCUCGAGAAUUUGGCCGACUGGGUGUACAAUAGGAAUUACGACUUGCUCGGACCGGACGGGGAGAUUAUCAUGCCGCAGUACUGGAGCGAAACCAUUCAGCCCGACAUGCAGAUCACGAUGAUGAUGUGGCCUUUGCCGGAAACCAAAGAGGACGAGAACCCCGACCCAACACCUCCUCCAGCCGACGGCGAUAUCUUGAACUUAGAUGACAUCCUCAAUCCUGGGGGUGGCGGAGGAGGCGGAGAGAAGAAACGGAAGAAAAAAGGAUCAUCGAAACCGAGUGGGUUCAGCAUGUGGAUGCUGGGAGGCGCACCGGGCAAGCGGCAUUUAAAAGGUGAUAAAAGGCCUGAUGUAGCCGCUGCCAGUCAGCACGGUGCCGAGCAGCAAGGCGGCUGCACCGUUAUGUGA